GUGACAAACAUUGGCUCAAGAAAUUCGCUGAGGGCGCUGAAACUGUGAAAAGCAUGGCGUAUGCAGGAGCAAAAGAGCAUCUUGUGGUUUUUCACCAAAGUAUUCAAUCUAUAUUCGAUGGAUGGACCGGUCUACAGCUAGCAGUGAGGCAAGGUUAUGGUGGUCCUCAUGGUUUGGAGAAAGCAAGGUGGAUGGUAGAUGCAGUACAUGAUUGGUUUUUAGAAAAUGAUGGAAUUGAACCAUAUGAAUUGGAGGAUUUUCUGGCCGACAUUCUAGACCAUGAAUUUGACACAAUAGUAGAAGAUGACAGCUUAAAUUUGGUUGCUACCAAUAUCUGUACCAACUUCCACCUUUGUACAACUGGUCACCAUGAGGCAGUUCUGGAGAAGAUUAAGCAGACACCAGCAGCAAGAAUUGGAGAGUGUGUGGCAGACGCAACAGAGGAUAUGGAAGAGGAUGAUGUCCCAGAUGGGUCAGUGCAGGAUGCCAACAUGCAGGCUAUGCUGGGUGGAAUGAGGUUAGGUCAACAAUCACAUGGGAGCAGUUCACAAAAUAAUAGCGAGAUGGCAGGACCAUCGUCAUCAUCGUCAUCAUCCUUAGGAGCAACAGGAGGAGCAUCCUCAUCUAGUUCUUCAAUAAAUUCAAGACAGGAACCGGCGGAAGACGAGGAUGGCUGGACAACAGUACGGAAAACAAAAAAGAAAUGACACAAGGAACAACAGUUGAUUUAGUUUCUAGAGAUAUUUAUUCUUAUUUAUCAUAGUUUAUGUGUAAAACAAACACAAAUUGGAUGGUGGGCACACUCAUGGUAGAACAAAUAGAGCAGUGCUGCCAGUUUGUGUUAGUAUGAAAAUGGACAAUUCUUAGUAUUUUGUCACAUACAUUACGAAGCUCAUGAAAUAUUGCGGUAUACCUCAUGAUUGCAUGAAGGUGAUAGCCGUGCUAUAGCUCGAACAAGACGUAAUUCUACAGUUAACUCUGCAUAAUUUGUAGUUGCACAAGUCAAAUUUCCCCUAACUUGAAUCAAUUUUUUUUUUACCAAACAAUGCAUAACAUAUUCUUUACAUUUCAUCAAUCAAAUUUUGCGUUAGUCAAACUAUUUUUUACUGGUCCCAACAGAUUUGACUGAUGCAGUGUUAACUAUAGUUGUAUUUUUUGUUAUGUUCUCAAUUUUAUAGUGAUAAUAUAGUCAUGUAUGGGAUAUAGACAUUACCACAUACCGGGGUACCUUGUCCUUGCCUAGACACAGACCCAAAUUUUUUUAUAUGGAUCCAGGGGCUGUAACACACCAUUUCCAGUUCAAACUUCUAUUUGGCAAAACUGGAUUGUUUUAUUGGCGGACACUGACUUUUUGGAGCCAUGAAACUUUUAAAAUGUGAGGAAUAUUUUUUGUCUUGCUCGAGUGAUUGGAGAUUUUUUUUUCUUCAAAAAACAUUGAUAUUGGAAACUUUGUUGAUGAUACAUGUACCAUGAUUUAAGUUAAUUUAAAGUACUUGUACUGGAAACAAAUGAAACUGAAUAAUAAAUAUGAAGCAUGGGUGAUGUAUUGUACAACUUUAUUUUCCAUAAGUUAUGAUACAAUAUACCUGAAUAUUCCCAAAGAUUUAUGAUCUCUCUUAAAUGAUGAAUUUGAUUCUAGUUUUUGUUGUAAGGAAAACCCUGUAGUUCCCAUCAUUCAUACCGAUUGGCCAUUAACAUUUUUAAUUUAAAUGUAAUACUCUCUUUAUAAUUUUAUUAAUCUUGUUUAAUCCUUGUUAAUAAAUACUACACAAUUCUACUGUCAUAUAUACAUGGACAGCUUUUCAAGUAACAGUCAUAAGUACAAGUUCACUGACUACCCAUUGAAACAUGUGUAUAAAAUUUAACACUGUAUAUUUCAAUACGAUGUCAGUGAGCUUGUACUUACCAUGAUUUUCUUAAACGAUGCCCUUGUAACUACAGCAUUUUUUUUGUUGAGAAUGUACAGGUUUAACACAUUCCUUCAAUACAAUACAAUAAAGUCAUUUCUAUAGCUCUUUUGCAAA